AUGGUACUCCUGGUGGACAGAAGCAAUGGUGGGAGCAGAAUGCCCUCACCUACGCACGCAUCUCCUUUCUGUGCCUUUGCCGUGCGCAGCGCCAAAGUGACGAUCAGCUGUCGCGCUUUUGUUUUUGUCGGCUGUGCGUUUCUUCUCAGUUGGGCCUGGCUUACGCUUUUUACACAUCUUCGACUACUAAGACACAAACACACACACAAUCCCCCUCCCCCUAAUCCAAAGCAGACACGAAGAAACAAGCAAACGCAGCGGAGGAGCACCGUACGACUUGAAUGCGACAACGUGUACGUGUCUUCGAUAACCGCAGCGCACAAAGGAGUUUAUCAAUCGGCGGAAGGGAGUGCUUCUCUCGAAUGA